UGGAAGGCUCUAGUGUUUAAAUACUUUCUUCCAGACCUCGCUAGAGUAAUUUUUCUUCGCCUACCGCUCGUGUUAUAAUUAGGGCUUGAGAAUUUUCGUUCCCAGAACCAUAAAUUGAGGGUUCGUACCCAAUCUUUUUUCGUUGAUUCUUGAGUUCUGAACCUCCGGAAUCGACCCCUUCGAUCCCUGCUCCCCGGGAGCCGGAUUUGGGCAGUGGUUGACUUCUUUGUCUCUCUUCUAACCCGUGUUCUUGAUUGCAGGCUUCUUAACUUGGCUGAAGAUGCUUCCGCUAUCGCUCCUGAAGACGGCUCAAGGGCAUCCCAUGCUGGUGGAGCUGAAGAAUGGGGAGACGUACAAUGGGCAUUUGGUGAACUGUGAUACCUGGAUGAACAUUCACCUUCGUGAGGUCAUUUGUACUUCGAAGGAUGGAGAUAGGUUUUGGAGAAUGCCUGAAUGCUACAUUCGAGGGAACACCAUUAAGUAUCUUCGAGUUCCUGAUGAGGUAAUUGACAAGGUUCAAGAAGAAACUACCAAGAGCCGUUCAGACAGGAAGCCACCUGGUGUUGGCCGUGGAAGGGGAAGAGGUAGAGAGGAGGGUGGCAGUGGUAGGCCUGCCAAAGGCAUUGGACGGGGCCAGGACGAUGGUGGCAAAGGAGGUCGUGGCAAGGGAGGAAGCAGCGGUAAAGUUGGUGGUGGCAGGGGCGGAGGGCGUGGCCGUGGCUGAUACAGGUCAAGUAAAUAAAAUGUCGCUUUUAAAGGCUUUUCUUUUCUGUUGCAUGGUUCAACCUCAAUGUGAAGAAUGAAUCAGUUGAUGUAACUUGUAAGAUUGCUUCACCUGUGUUCUGGGCCUAGUGCAUUACAGGUGCAUGAUAUCAUUUGAUGUGUGAGGAAUCUUUAGAGGAUCUAUUUACUUGUAGGAAGACUGAAGGAGACUAUUCUCGUGUUCUUGCUUGUUCCAUGAUUUGCUUUUCUAUGAACACAGAUCAGUUGGAAUAUAUGACAGUUUCAGUGCUUUCCUUCCCC